CCCAACGCAUAAUGUUUACUCUGCUUUGUCCAAAUUCAAGCGCGUGAAAGCGCGCCAAACACAACUGAUCUCUUGCACAAAUAAAGAUUCACUGCUCUCUUUCUCUCUCUAAAACUACCUCUUUCUCUCACUAACAAACUCUCUGUGAGCAAUGGAGAAACCUUCACGAUCGACGGCUCUGAUUCUUCUCACUACUCUACCGCUCAUCGUCUCAACCGUCACCGCCGUGAUCACAGACCAAGAGCUGGACUCCGCCAUCGCAUACCUCAGAUCCAACGGCUACAAUCUCUUUGCAAAUGGCAUUGCAACCUCCGACCUCCGCUUCCAGAUCCUCGAAGGCGAAGCUUUCACCGUCUUCUCUCCCAGAGACUCCGACGUCUUCUCUCUCGACCUUGCCUCCGUGGCUACCGACUACGUCCAAAACCUUCGCCACCACGUGGUGCCGGGAUUUCGUCUCUCCUUCUCCCAGCUCCGCAACCUGUCUCUGGGCGGGUCUCGCCUUGAAACUCUCCUCCCUCGCCACAGCGUCUUCAUCUCCAACCGCUUCAACGACACCGUCUUGAAUGGCGUCGCAGUUGAUGGAGUUCGUAUCUCUGUUCCUGAUCUUUAUCUUGGAUCCAACUUGACAGUCCAUGGACUUGACGGAAUUCUUGUUUCGGAGUUCAGGUCAUCGGAGGAUUCAACCUGCGAUCUAGGAUGUAUGGCGCCGUCGGUUUGGCCUGACAAUAGUCGACCUUCGGUUGCUCCUCGGGUUGAUGCAAAUUUGGCCACGCCGACGAGUUCGCCGCAGGAGGAAAAUGCGCCAUCUUAUUUUAUCAGCCAGGCGAAUUCGCCACAAGGGGAAAAUGUGUCGGAGGAUUUGGUAAAGUCGGAGAGUUUGCCGCCGGUGGAAAAUAUUUCGCCGGAGAUGAUCAGAAAUUCGGGUUCCAGCAAUGGAGGGAAGCAUGAGUCAGACGAAGGAAAGCGAAUUUGAAGACAAUGAUGAUGACGAUUAUAAAGACGUCGGACACGGUAAAUUUUCCAAGUAGAACCAUCAAUUUUCUCAGUGAAUUGUAAUACGAAACCGUAGAUUGUAGACAUUUGGGCUCUGUUUGAAGGCCAAGAAAUAGUAGGGAAAAAAAAAAGAAAAGAAAAACUUUACAUCCAAAUUAUCAUUUUCCCCCCAUAUUUUCUAAGCAAUCAAAGGAAAACAGCAAUACGGAAAAAUGAUUUCCCGAUGAAAAAGAAAAAAUAAAAAUGAAACAAACAAACUUACCUGGCCGUUUCUGAUCUGUAAGUACCAGAAUUGGUAGAGCUCUUUACUGUAUAAUUGACAUUUAAGUCUUGAAGAUUACUU